AUGGGACUAGCCUUGUGCGUCGGUGGCCCGAUGUUCCGCAGAUCAGCCCUGGCCUUCCCUUCAUCAACUCUUCGUUUACUCGAUCCGCUUGCACGAGUACCUCCUUCCACCAGGAAGCUACCGGAUGCCGCGUUGGGGCAGAGCCGGAUUAGCUGGAAGCGAGACAACGUCGCAGGGCACGUCGAGUUCCCCAGCCAUGUCCGGAAAUUGACCACGAAGCGCCAUGAGCACAAUACCAUCGAGUCGCCAUCCACCAUUGACGAGCUGAAUGAUAUGCACAAGAUCGCACUGGAUAAGUCAGCACUCCGCGAACUCUGGAAGGUCCAGCUCAGUGCCAACCAAGACAGCCCUACCAUAAGCAGCCCCUAUGCUCAAAGGGCGCAAUAUCUCUAUCAUGCCGUCCAUCCCCCAAACGACAUGGGCCCCAAGUUAUGUCAGCCACUCGACAAGCGAGACUUCAAAGCCGGCCGCUUGUACAUUUUCCGCCGCGCCUCAUCCCCGGGCUACGUCAAGAUCGGGUGGACUAUGAACCCCAUCGAGCGACGCCUCAACAAUUGGUCCAGGAAAUGCGGCUACCGCCCGAUCCUUGCGCACAGCACAGACGUCUUCAAAUACACCCAACGCGCAGAGACGCUCGCGCACGAGGAGCUGGCGUGGGAGCGCCGCAAGGAGCCCCGGUGCGCGGGCUGUGGCAAAGGGCAUACCGAGUGGUUCAGGGUCAGCGAGGAGAGGGCGAUACAGGUCGUCGACAGCUGGGCGUCGCUCAUGACGUAUGAGGACUUGUAUGAUGAGCAUGGACGCAUUAAGAUUAGCUGGACGCUCGCUGCUUUGGCGCUGGCUCAGGCGAACAGUGAUGUCCGGAUCACUGCUGAGAGGCUGCUCUACAGACAUAAGGCAUUGGAGAUGCAGCUGAGACAGGGUUCCGUGCAAGGGGUUUACUAUCUGAGGAGGAUUGUGCGGAGCCUGGUGAUGGCACCAACCAGUAUCGCAAACCCUCCUUCUGGAGCUGGCUCUCCCGCAUUCUCUAGGGGCCUCGAUAUUUGA